AUGGAUGAAGUGGAAAGUCCAUCACUGACAGAAGGUCAAUUCGUCGAUGAUGAAUCGUUAGAUGACGACGAAGACUGGGAAGAUUGGUGUGAAGACGGUAAUGAUGUUGAAGAAGUGCUAUGUCUAUUUUGCAGCGAGAAAUUUCAUUCCGUUGAAAAAUUAAUUCACCAUUUAAAAGAGUAUCAUAACUUCAACCUGGAAACAGUUGCAAACAGAUACGGUUUUGACGUUUACGGACGUAUCAAGCUGAUAAAUUAUAUAAGACUAACGCAUCCGCUACCCAAUUUUUGGGAAAAUAUUUCUGAUAGCAUUCCCUGGGAAUCCGAAAAUUUUCUAAAGCCAGUAAUAAGCGAUGAUUUAUUGUUAAGAUACGUAAUUGAUAUGGAAGACACUUUCGAGUCGGGAGCAAUUGAUGCCGAUAUGGAAGUUGUUAAUCAUUUCACGGGUUAUCGUAAGCAGGAUAGAAUUAGAACUGAGGCUUACAUGAACUUUAUUCUAAAUAACCCUGCAUUAUUUCGAGAUAAGAUUGUUCUAGAUGUUGGAUGCGGUACUGGGAUUUUGUCUAUGUUUGCUGCAAAAGCUGGUUGUCGUCAUGUUUAUGCUAUUGAUCAGUCCGAUAUCAUCAAUUACGCAAGAGACAUUGUUAUGGAAAAUCAGUUGGAGAACAAAAUUACCUUGAUAAAAGGAAAAGUUGAAGAUGUCAAAUUACCGAUUGAAAAAGUUGAUGUUAUCAUCUCUGAAUGGAUGGGAUACUGCUUACUUUUUGAGUCUAUGCUUGAUUCUGUAAUUUUCGCAAGGGAAAAGUGGUUAACGGUUGAUGGUCAAGUUUAUCCUAAUUCCUGUUCUUUAAAUGCGGUUGCAAUCAAUGACAAGAUUAUGCAUGAUAAAUCCAUCGAAUUUUGGGAUAAUGUUUAUGGUUUUAAGAUGUCAUGCUUAAAAAGUACCGUUUUAGACGAUGCUGAUAUCGCCGUAGUAAAAUCCGAAACUAUUAUUAGUGAUAUCUGCUGUCUCAAGAUCUUAGAUGUUAGUAGUGUCAAAGUCGAUGAAUUGAAUUUCCAAUGUCCUAUUUCUCUCAAAAUAAAUCAAGCAGGGUGUAUAACGGCGCUGGUAGUUUACUUUGAUACAUUCUUUUCCAAGACGGAAUCAUUUAGUACUGGACCUUGUGCGCCUGCAACUCAUUGGGGACAAACAAUUUUUCAUCUACGCGAUCGCCUUAACGUUGAAAAAGGUGAACAAAUCUUUGGCCAAUUUUCUUGUAUGAAAAAUAAAGAAAACCACAGAAACCUCAAUGUUAAUAUCGUCUUGGAAAGUUCAAUUAAUAAGAAUACCUUCAAACUACAACAAGUAUAUUAUUUACGAUAG